UAGCUUCCUGGUAUCGCCAUGAACGGAUUGCGUGACAGCAGAAUCGAGGAGGGGACCUUCCUUUUCACCUCAGAAUCGGUGGGGGAGGGGCACCCAGAUAAGAUUUGUGACCAGAUUAGUGAUGCUGUCCUUGAUGCACACCUUAGACAAGAUCCAGAUGCCAAAGUAGCAUGUGAAGCUGCUGCUAAGACUGGAAUGAUUCUCCUGGCUGGGGAAAUAACAUCCAGAGCUGCGGUUGACUAUCAGAAAGUUGUUCGUGAAACAAUCAAGCAUAUUGGGUAUGAUGAUUCCUCAAAAGGUUUUGACUACAAGACGUGCAAUGUAUUGGUUGCUCUGGAGCAGCAGUCCCCUGAUAUAGCUCAGGGAGUUCAUCUUGACAGAAAUGAAGAAGACAUUGGUGCUGGAGAUCAGGGCUUAAUGUUUGGAUAUGCUACUGAUGAAACUGACGAAUGCAUGCCAUUGACACUUGUCAUGGCACACAAGCUGAACGCUAAGCUGGCAGAGCUCCGUCGUAACGGUACACUGCCCUGGCUGCGACCAGAUUCGAAAACUCAGGUGACUGUGCAGUACAGGCAGGACCGAGGUGCUGUCAUCCCCAUUAGAGUCCAUACGAUCGUUAUUUCUGUUCAACAUGAUGAUCACAUUUGUCUGGACGAAAUGCGAGAUGCCCUGAAAGAGAAAGUGGUCAAAGCUGUUGUGCCUGCAAAAUAUCUGGAUGAUAGCACAGUCUAUCACCUACAGCCUAGUGGUCGUUUUGUAAUUGGUGGACCUCAGGGCGAUGCUGGCUUGACUGGUCGAAAGAUCAUUGUUGACACCUAUGGUGGCUGGGGAGCUCAUGGAGGUGGUGCUUUCUCUGGUAAAGACUACACAAAGGUCGACCGUUCAGCUUCUUAUGCUGCUCGCUGGGUAGCAAAAUCCCUUGUAAUGUCUGGUCUGUGUCGGAGAGUACUUGUCCAGGUUUCCUAUGCUAUCGGUGUGGCCGAUCCGUUAUCAGUCUCUAUUUUCCAUUAUGGCACCUCCCAAAAGAGUGAGCAUGAGCUCCUAGAAAUUGUGAAGAAGAACUUUGACCUCCGCCCAGGGGUCAUUGUCAGGGAUCUGGAUCUGAAGAAGCCCAUUUAUCAGAAGACUGCAGCCUAUGGCCACUUUGGUAGGGACAGCUUCCCAUGGGAAGUACCCAAAAAACUUAAAUACUGAAUAUGUUGGGCUUCUUUCCCCAGACCUGUUGGUGUAAUUACAGAGAAACUUUCAGGCUCUGUGGGAAAGAGCCCCCCUUCCCUAAACUGGUCCUGUCCUUCUUUGCUCUUGACUUGGUGCACACUGUUCAUUGCCAGGCAUAUUAAUUUCUAUGGGGACCACAAAUUGCACUGUGCUUUUUCCUCUUUGACAUACAAGUAGAGCCAGUUGAACAUAGGAGCUGUCAAUGUAUUGUAGAGAGGAACAGGCUGUAAUCAACAGUGCUUCAGUCUAAUCUCUGUAUUCUCCCAAAGCUUAACAGUACUCCUUUCCUUGAAACAGUGGAAAAAAAGAAACUUCCCUUGUAACUUGCACACAGUCUGUGGUUCCACAUAGUCUCUGUCCAGAUACAUAGAUCAGCAUGAUGUGAUGACUUGGCUCCACUGAGAAUGUAAAGCCCACUUUCCUCCAGCUAAGUUGUUCUCAUGUGAGCCAUCUUCUUACCAGAGAGCCUUGCAUGCAGCACAAGUUCCAUCUGGAGAUCCAGUCUGGUGUGGUUUUUAUCUGGAG